AUGAUUAAUUCUAAGAAUAAUUUGAUCUCGAAGCCGGGUGAAUAUCGUCAAUCCGUUUUAGACGCGCUUUUAAAUCGCAAUGUUUCUGAAAAUUAUUCAAGUGACAGAUCUUCUGGGCCCCCGGAUCCUUGUUCUGAUUCCGAGAAGCUUUCAUAUCGCAAUUCUCAGGCUUUAUCACCUAAUUCGACUGAUUAUGAUGUAGUUGACAGUGGAAGCUGGUCGCCUCUGCCUCUCGGGACGAGGACUCCUACAAACAUAGCCGAGCAGCUCCCAAUUCUGCUUGCUAGGAAGUAUUACUCGGCCCCCGCCUGCCUUCUCAGGUUUGUGAAUUUAACAUCUUCGAUCAGAUCUUCUUCUCCCCAACGCCGGGAUUCUGACGUAAGUGUAAUCGACAAUGAGAUGGACUUUACUGACGACUUCAAUCUGGACCCUAAUGACGAUAUCGGUAACUUUAAGUCUGACGAAGAAGUGCCCGAGAUUCUUUCCGUUGGGGCCCUGAGCAACGGGUCACCUUUAGUGAACAACCCUCUUCAUUGUUCUGAUGAUUCGGGCUACGUUGAUGUGGACCCCGUUGACAUAAACGUGGUUUUGCAGAGCGUGAACUCCAAGUAUGGUUCUCACUUCGAUAAGGGCUGUUCUCCUUUUUUCGACAUGAAGGAGACUAAUGGCGCUGAAGCCUCCAAGGUCAGGGUGGACGUCGGAACCAGUCCUUUGGUAUUAGACAAAUCGCAUGGGACAGAUGAUUUCCCUUUCAACGGCAGCCUCGAUUCUGAUUCACACAUGGUGCCUGAGGAUACCAAGCUGGACUAUUAUGUCGACGGAGCUAAGACUCUUAACACCACUGAUCCUGAGACUGAGUUUUUCAGUCCUGGCUUUGGAUCUGAGAAGGAGCACGCUCCUAGUCCUGGGUUUUCGACCUUGAAGUCUGGCGACUUUUCCGUAAAGAAGUCUGAAUUUUCUGCCGAUAAGCAAAUUCCUGUUUAUUGCCGCAGUCUUCUUUACCGGAUCCGCGUUCCUCUGUCCAAGCGCCUCAAGAACGUUGACGAGGACGUGCUCGUCAGGAGCAUGGCUUCUCCCCUUCUUUCGGAAUCUCGUGCCAACUUGAGCUGCGACCGUCUCUACUCCAGCAGGCCUCGGCUGUCGAACUCCGCCGACUCUUCCCGGUCAUUCUUGCGGCUGAGUGACCUCGACUCCCAUUCCGUGGAGUCCAGGGCUUACCUGAAGACUGCAAAGCCUCCUUCAGGAUCCAACGACCCUGAUAAACGCUGCAAACGUGGAUACUCGGGCUCUCGCCACUUCGAAGGACCAUCAAAACAUUCGAAACGGUACAAGCGUGUCCGUUGA